AUGAAUAAACUUGGUGCAACCUACCUCCAAGCUUACCUCCUCACUAAAUCAGCCCGGUACGCUAACUACCAAACCGAGCUCUUAGCCAACACUAAUUUUAACCAAGCCAAAUACUUAAAAACCUUAGCUUGGGAAUUAGAACCCCUGGAAAAGCAAAUUAAAGCCAAAGAAAACCUAACCAAGCAAGCCAGUCAAACCUUAGACACCUUUGCCCACCAAGCCAUCCAAACCAUGACCGAAGCCUUAGCCGAAAAAGACCAAAUCAUUCAUGAAUUACGGCAAAAGUUAGCCGAAAAGGAGUCAGAAAACCAACAAUUAAGACUACUUUUGCACACGAUUGUUUUGACGGCUAGCCAAGCCGUGAACAGAGAACCCGAGCCAGAAAGUGAACCCGAAAAGGAGACCAACCAUGAAUAA